AUGGCACUUGUCCUGAAAAUCUUCAGUCCAUUGGUGAAGGUUCUCAGAAUCGCAGAUGGAGAGAAGAUACCCUCACUUGGGUUUAUCUAUGGUGAGAUCUUAGUAGCUAAGAACUCGAUCAAGGAAGCUACGGAUCAGAUAGAGAGGAACUAUGAACCAAUCAUCAAGAUUAUUGACGAGAAAAUGAAAGGCAGGCUGGAUACUCCUCUUCAUAUUGCUGCUUACUUUCUUAAUCCAUUCUACUUCUACAAGAACACGGGCAUAUAUGAUAUGGAAGUCAUGCAAGCAUUCAUUUCUUGUGUUGAGACAUUCUACUAUGGAGACUUUGAUAAGCAAAAUGAAGUUGUCAAUCAAGAGGUUCAGCAAUACAGGAACAAGUCGGGUUAUUUUGGCAUGCCUUUAGCUCAAAAAGGCUGCGAGAAGAAUGAUGGAAAGUUUGAUCCAGGACUUUGGUGGUCAACUUAUGGUUGUGAAACACCAGUUUUGCAAAAGCUAGCUAAGAGGAUUCUUGCUUUGACCUCUAGUUCUUCCGGUUGUGAAAGAAAUUGGAGCUGCUUUGGAGCGAAUGGCUUGUUGAUCACCAUGAGAGUAGGUCCAGUUGGAAGUACAACUCAAGCUUCAAGGGUUAGAGCCCUUUACGAUGAUGAUUUUGAAUCAGAAGAAGAGGAUGGUGGAGACAUGGAGUUUGAAGAUGAUGAAGAUCCUGUCUUCCGUGACAAUGGUUUCAUGGUUUCCGAGUUUGAUUUGGAUAAGAGAGGUUAUGGUGUAGACGUGUAG